GGCAUCAGCACGUGCAGCCGCCGGUCCGGCAUUCACGCGGGGAACGCCGCAGCGUAAGCAUCCGGUCUGCGAGAUCCGCCCUCCUCCGACAUCCGUUUUCCUUUCCCCUCUCUCUCUCUCACACACACACACACACAUUUUUUCUCCCGUUCCGCCGUAUUCGACCGGUAGUGCUCCUAUCGACCCGGAUCCAUCUUUCGCGCCACCGUUCGAAAAUCGCGCGUGUGCCCGUGCCGUCUCGUUCUCGUCGUAGCGCGUAACGUACACGCGGAGUGCGCGAAGCAGCCAGUAGUCGCCAUUGACGGCGGCUCCGCCAACUGCUCGUAGGUGCGCGCGGGUGUUGGCUAUCGAUCCCACUCGUCCCGCUUUCUUGCCCGCCUUCAUCGGCGCCUACAUUGUCGCCGCCGCCGCCACUGUCGUCGCCGGUAAUCAUCGUACGGUACAAUACGGCACGACGCGCCGUACGAGCCGCGAUUAGUAACAGUGUUGUGCCUUACUCACUUUGACAUACCAGAGUGAUCGCUUCUCGGCUCGUCGGACGAGCCCGGAGGAGGAGGAGAAGAAGUCUUCGUCGUCCUUUCGCAUAAUCGACGCCGACGGAUUCGAAGGACGUUUGAAGAAUCGUCGGGUUCCCGCGACGGAAUUGUAAUCGCGUUUUAAUUUCUCUUCGUUCUCCAUGAGCGAGUGCCAUGUACCUCUAACCGACGUCUGCAUCGUCCGGAAAGCCGAAGAAAACGAAAUAUGUUGUCUGACGUGGAUUGCCAUGACAUCGACGAAUUGUGGGAUUCCUACAGCUCAUCGCCUCCACUAAUUGCGAUGUUCCACCAGGAUAUCCUAAUGUAUACGAAAGAGGAGAGAGAGGAGGAAUGGAACAACGUUCUGUAUGUGCAGAACAACGACGUGGUCUUGAGAGAUCGCCUAAUGACGGACGCGGCUCUCGGCGGGCCCCGGCCGAUCAAAUCCGAGCACAGUUACAGCCUUCGGCUUUCCAGUCCUCCUCCGAGCCCGGCGAUGCCGGGUGGUGAUCCUCACACGCCUAAUUCGAGUUCGUCCUCGGGUACUGUUGAUCCAACUACGGCGAGCACCGCUGCCUCCAUCGAUUUCGUCCACUUGGAUCACAAAUCUCACGAACUUCUUCGCGGCAGGAUCGACGAAAUGGAGGACUAUUUCCCGACCAUCUCGAUGAGCACAGCCUCAGGCCGCGGCGAAGCUUCGUCCUCGCUCACGUCGUCCUCUACCUCGACCGUGAUCCUCAAGAGGAACGGUCUAGUACCUGAAGACAACGAAGUUUGUUCCGAAAUCAAGGACGAGCCCAUUAGCGAGCCGCCCAGUCCUUGCGCGCCCUGUCAGUCGAGUUGUGACAUGGUCGACGAUAAGAGCACGAUAACAAUGGUGCCGCCGCAGAGUCUUCACUACGCGAACACCCGGCUGCCUCGACAUUCGAGCGACAGCGAGGAGGAGGACGAAGAUAUGGCCGUGGAAAUCGAGGACUCGAACUUGAUCGACGAGGCGAAACAAACGAUUUUGCGAACGUCGCGACAGGGGUUGCCGCCGACGCCGCCGAGCAGCGCGAGCUCGGACAGCGAGGGUACCGCGUCCGCUUCCUGCUCGCCGGAACGCCGAGAUUCUCAGACGCACGUGCAGAAUCUCAAAGGAUUACUGGCGCCGUCCAGGCUUUACGUCACCACCAGCAGCAGUCACACCACCAGGCAGCCUAUUCACACGCCCUUGAUUUCCUGCCAACCGAAGGGAUCCACGGGAUUGUUAGUAUUGACGGAUGAAGAAAAGAGGACCCUGUUAGCCGAAGGAUAUCCUGUGCCGACGAAGCUUCCCCUGAGUAAACAGGAGGAGAAAUCUUUGAAAAAAAUACGGAGGAAAAUCAAGAACAAGAUUUCGGCGCAAGAAUCGCGAAGGAAAAAGAAGGAGUAUGUGGACAGCUUAGAGAGGCGAGUCGACAUUUUGAUGGCCGAGAAUACGUCGUACAAAGAUAAGUUGAAUGCUUUGGAGGACACAAAUCGCGAAUUACUGAAAGAGAUGCAACGUCUCCAGGGCAUGCUGCGUCUACAACGGUCUUAGAUUUAUUCAUUUUAUUUGAACGGCGUGGAAACCUGCUUUGACGGUUCUCAUUGAAACAUAACAUCUCGAGAGACCUUAAUCCUUUUCAAAGGUUAACUCCUGUCAGCUUCCGGAAAUAGAAAAUUGCGAGGUCGUCUUCGAAUGGAUUCUAGAUUAAAAAGGAAGUGUACAGACAUUAACGCGGAUCUAUACACGUUCCUGUACUUCCCGACUCCUUAUUCCUGCACUUUUAUUCUCUGUGAGACUCCAGGAUAUGUCUCCUUCGUGAAACCUAACCUCCUAUCUUCGUAUCAUCUCUAUAUCAAGAAGAAGAAUUAUACAACACGAACACCAUAUAAAGUAUAGUAAAAAAAAAAGUAAAAUUCAUCAGGUGUCCUUAUCGCUAAGUCACAGAGAGAUCAGAGCUAAAGGAAAAUGUAGUUUUAGGGAUUAGUGCAAUUUCUUUACAUUCCUAGAAUGUCUUCCUUCAUAGAUGUGCAAGACGCGGCGGCGUAUUUCCUGCGAGUCGCUAUCGCGACCGUGUACCUUUUCGUGACGUCGAAUGUUUGCACUCGAAUCGUUCUUCCUGGCAACAACGUAAAGCUUGACGCCAACAUAUAGUAUAUAUAUAUAUACACACACACACACAUAUACACCGUUUUUCGUGCCCAUCAUCGGAUCGAUGCGUUUUCGCCGGGAGUGCCUUCAAUUUGAAUUCCGUACUUCUCCUCCCUCAGUUUCCGAUUGUCCCCUCAUAUAUUUAUCCCCUCGAGAACGGCGACGGGGUUGCGUCUCGGACCGUUCGAGGGUUGACGAAGUGCCGAGCCACGCGACCAAGCGUGAACCACAACACGUGCUUCACCGCUUCUUCGACGUGGUUCUCUCGUCGACUCGUCACCGUGUUAGUUUAAUUGCGUGCGAGACAUGCGACGAUAUAUUUUAUAUAGUCGAGAGAAAAAAAAAGAGAGAAAAAGAGAGAGGGAGAGAAAAUGAAAGUAGGUUUGUUAUCGCUAAAGCUCCGCAAACAACCGACGUGAAAGUAUGGACUCGAGGCGAACCACUUGACGUGGUUCGCGUUUACGUUUUAUCGACGUGAGAAUGUCCAGUUGCGCGCGCGAUUUAUCACAUUAUUGUCGCGCGCAACCGCGACGAAUCGACGUACCAGUGUGUGCGUGCUAUUUUUCUAGAGCGCCGGCGUCAACGCACGCCGACGUGUGUAACGUGUAACGACGGCCCUAACCGAUUAUCGAUAUAUCACAUACACGCAACAACAGCUGCAAAACAC